CCGCAGGGAUCCUCACAGAGCUGAGAACGGAAGAGCUGUAGCCUCAGCCUCCCUCGGGCAUGGUGAGCAGGGAGGGGUGCGCAUCCCAAGCGGUAAAAUAGCAGAAAAGGGGAUGGAGAAUCGGCUUGUGGAGAGCAGGAGUGCUCAGAGGAACUGGAACCCUUGAAUCCCAAGUAGCCCUGAACCCUUGACGAGUCUGCACCUGGCUGUGCCGCGCGUCGCUGGGCCUCAGCGGGCGCUGCUCUUGCCCUGAGCCCUGGCAGUCCUGGCAGCAGGUCGGUAGAGGCAUUUAAAGAGUCCUCUGGGACCGUUUUCCUCGUCUCAAAUUUGCCCAUAGCGUGCAGGCCUCAAGGGCACAGAUCUCCUGCUCUCUCGCAGCUGGGUUGGCGCUGUGCCCCGGCAGCGCCGCCUCUGCGCAGUCAGGCUGAGCUGGAGUGGCUGAGCGAGGCGAGCUCUGCCAGAGGCCAAGGGAAAACUGGUCCCUCGGGGUUUGCCGUGGUGCGUGUGAGUUCCUGUUGAGGCCAGGGAUGCACUGCCUUUGCACGGGGUGCGAGACGGAAGAGCUGUCUCUGCCUCCAGGGGCUCCCCCUGUUCUCCUCGCCCUGGAGGGGUGAGCGCUGAGGCUGCUGGAGCGAUGAUGCCGUGUUGGAGCCAGUCUCCUGGUUCCUGCACACCAGCGGGAUGGGGCGGUGUCGGUAGACCCGAGCCUGGAUGGAUGGGGCAGAGGGUGUAGCUGGUGGCAAGGAGACCGUGUCCCGGGCAGGGUAGGGUGUCCGGCUGCUCCCCGCCUCCAGGACGCCGCCGCCGCCGGGCUGUGUCCUUCCUCUGACCUGCAUCUUUGUGCCCUGAGCACUUGAUAUUUUUGGGCAAGACGUUUCUGAUUCUGCCACUCUCUGCGGAUGUUCUCCUUUCCUCUCUUCACCAAUAGCUGAGCCAGGAGGAGCACUGUUAACCCUCUGUGUGCUGCUGCUCUGAACUGGGUGGCUAGGAUGCAUCUGGACUCCCUGUGCUGGACUACCUAUGAGACCUGGCUUCUCUGUAGAGACCAGUGCAGCCGAAAUGUCCCGCUGCAAGAGGUGAACUCCAAGAUAAACAAGCGUCUCAAGGAUGCCCUCUUCACGGAUCAGUGGAGCGAGCUCUUCAUGGAUGUGCUGAGCCCCUUCCACUUCGUCCUGGUCAGCACGGUGCGGAUGCAAGGUGUGAUCCUACUGGUAUUUGCAAAGUACUACCACCUCCCCUUCCUGCAGGACAUCCAGACAGACUGCACGCGGACGGGGCUGGGGGGCUACUGGGGCAACAAGGGUGGAGUGAGUGUUCGUCUCUCCGUCUUCGGCCACAUGGUCUGCUUCCUGAACUGCCACCUGCCAGCGCACCUGGAGAAGGCGGAGCAGCGCAAGGAGGACUUUGCCACCAUACUGCACAUGCAGCAGUUUGAGGGGCGCACAGCCAGCGGCAUCCUGGACCACGACCUCGUGUUCUGGUUUGGAGACCUCAAUUUCCGCAUCGAAAGCCUCGACAUCCGCUUUGUGAAGUACGCCAUCGACAGCAACAUCCUGAGCCAGCUCUGGGAGAAGGACCAGCUGAACAUUGCUAAGAGCACUUGGCCCGUCCUCAGCGGCUUUCAGGAGGGACCCCUCAACUUCCCACCCACCUUCAAGUUUGAUGUGGGCACCAACAAGUACGACAGCAGUGCCAAGAAGCGAAAACCUGCCUGGACCGACCGCAUCCUCUGGAAGAUCAAAUCCCCCGGUGUCGGGCUUGGUGCAGGCGGGCGCCGGCCAAGCCGGGGCGUCCUGUCGGUGAGCCAGCUCUGCUACUGCAGCCACAUGGAGUACACAAUCAGCGACCACAAGCCCGUGGCUGCCAUCUUCGCGGUGCAGUUUGCUUCCAAGGCAGACAAGCCCCCGGUCGAGAUCUUUGUGGCUGACGAAUGGAGCAGGCCGGAGCAAGCAGUUGUCAGGUACAAGAUGGCUGCUGGCUUCCACCGGAGCUCCUGGGACUGGAUAGGACUCUACCGGGUGGGCUUUCGGCAUCCCAAAGACUACGUGUCCUAUGUCUGGGCCAGGAGCGACGAUGGAGAGCGCUGCCUGGAGAAGCAGCUGUGUGCACAGGUGAUGUUCUCGGAUGAGGCUCUACCCAAGGGGAAGGGCGAGUACAUCCUCGGAUACUACAGCAACACCUCCAGUAGCAUCGCUGGAGUGACCGAGCCCUUCCAGAUCUCCCUGCCCAGAUCGGAGGAGGGCAGCAGCCCCACAGACAGCUCAGGUAGCAGCUCGGAAGAGGAGGAUGACAGCACGCUUGUCCUGCUGGCUCCCAAAUCCCGUAGCCCCAGUCCGGGCAAGAUGAAACGGCACCGAAGUCGAAGCCCCAGCCUGGCCAAGUUCCAGGGCCUCAUCCUGCGGCCGUCGAGCCGGGACAGGGCUACGAGCCGCAGCCCUUCACCCCAGAGCCGCCGAGGCCUCCCUGGAGACAUCCCCACCAUCCACCUGCCCCAGGAGGAGCCAGGGGGGCUUGGAGCCAAAGCCAAGGAGCCAGGGCGGGCGGCUGACAGCCAUGAGGGCAGCUCCUUCUACCAGACUGUGCGGGAGCAGGGCCGCCUGCGGCGUGUCUCUGCCGACAACCCCCUGGCCAGGGCCGACCCCAGGAACCUGGGGCUGCUGCCCGCGCUCCGCCUGGAGAUGAUCGACCAGGCCAUGGGCUGGCGCCGGGAGAGCGGGGACCAGGGCUACCCCUGCCGGAGGAUGAGCCCCACCAGCCCCCCCGGCUGCAGCACGUCCCCAAAGGAGGGGAGCAGCCCCCAGGAGCUGGGCAGCCCUGGCUGUGCCAUGGGCCGCUGAUGCAGUGGCUCCCUCGGUCCUCCCCAUAGCGCGCUUGCUGUGUGCUUUCCUCUGCCCUUUUACUGCUGAGCCGCCCCGCUCCCUUAUUUAUUGACUCCUCACCCCGGCGCGUGCCUGGCAGGGGCCUCCCCGCAGCCUGAGCUGCUGCCCCGGUAGGGCUGGGAGGUGGCAUGGGGAGGCAAGGCUGGGCUAGUGCAGUGUGGGGAGCCCUUUUAGACAUUCCAAGCGCAAGACCCUUUAGUCCUAGGGGAGGAGUGCUGGCCUCACACCUGGGUGGGACAGGAGGCCAGGGCAGGGCUCUGGCGAUGGGCAGAGAGCGAGGACCACCCCAGGGUACCCCCAAGAUCAAAGCUCGCUCCUUCCUUGCUGCUACCACCGUGCCUCAGCCUUGGAUGUAGUGUGCGUG